GGCGCAGCUGACAGAAGCCGGAAGUAGACUGGAGUGAACCCUCUGAGUUCUGUGCACUCUUGGUCAGAAGUUGUCCUACACGCACGCAGAUGUCAGCGGAGUUUCUCCAUCUGUCAGUCCGGGAGCUGCAGGGAGUUUGAUGGGGGACAGAGACACUAGACACGGGAGCCAUGAUAUUCUGACGACCGCCCCCAGUCAAGCGACCUCCGGUGUACACUUCACCCGACACCGAGCCGCCGCCACCUUCGCACCGUUAUACCUGUUAGCUGCUUUUCUGACAACCACCGGGAACAACACCCACCGCGGGGGAACCAACCAUGCUAACCUCGGCUAGCCGCCGCUGCCACACGUAGCUAUGUUGUCAGUGCUAAACUUUAAACCACCAGCGGUAAGAGCGGGAAUCUCCUUGUGAGCGGACACUUUGAGUUUGUAAAGCUGUUUUUUUUAAAAAAAAGCUAGCGGCAGUUUAGUUUCCCUCCCUCCGGUGCUUGCGAGCGAGUGUGUCGGGUAAAAAAUGGGACUACACCCGCUGGAGUUCAGUGAGUGCUAUCUGGACAGCCCCUGCUUCAGGGACAAAAUCAAAGCUCACGAGGCAGAGCUGGACAAAACCAACAGGUUCAUCAAGGAGCUCUACAAGGAUGGAAAGAACCUCAUCAGUGCAACUAAACAGCUUGGGAUGGCACAGAGAAAAUUUGCCCAGUGCCUGGGAGAGUUUCAGUUUGAGUACAUCGGAGAUGCAAAGACAGACGAUGAGAAAUGUAUUGAUGAGUCUUUGCAAGAGUUCUCCGUAUUCCUUAAGAACCUAGAAGACCAAAGAGAGCUGAUGAUGAGAAACAUCACAGAAACUUUAAUGAAACCCCUGGAGAAGUUUAGGAAAGACCAUCUCGGUACAGUAAGGGCGGAAAGAAAGAAGUACGAGAAAGAGACAGAGAAAUACUACAGCUCUCUGGAGAAGCUUCUGAACAUGUCAGCGAGGAAGAAAGAGCCACAGCUACAAGAGGCAGACUGCCAGGUGGAAGGCAUGAGGCAGCACUUUCAGGACGAGUCACUGGACUAUGUGUGCAAACUGCAGGAGAUUCAGGAGAGAAAGAAGUUUGAGUGUGUGGAGCCGAUGCUGGCCUUCUUUCAGACAGUCUUCACUUUUUAUCACCAGGGCUUUGAGCUUGCCAAGGACUUUGACCAUUAUAAAAGGGCACUGCAGAUCAAUAUUCAGAAUACAAGGAAUCGAUUUGAGGGUGCACGGUCAGAGGUGUUUGAGCUAAUGAAGAGGAUCAAGGACACACCCCAAGAAUACAGACAGACCAGCCCGAUCAGCUGUGAAGGCUACCUCUAUGUACAGGAAAAACGGCCACCUCCCUUUGGUUCAAGUUGGGUCAAACGCUACUGCACAUUUGUCAAAGAGCAGAAGAUCCUGCACAUGGUGACCUUCGACCACAGAUCUGGUGGGAAGAUUGGUGAAACAGAGUCCGUCACGCUCAAAUCCUGCCUCCGUAAAACAACGGACAUGUUGGACAGGAGGUUCUGCUUAGACCUCGACAUAACCGAUCGGCCUGGGACGGUGCUAACAGUACAAGCCCUGUCAGAGGAUGACCACAAGUUCUGGAUGCAGGCCAUGGGUGGGAAGGAACCUAUUGGACACUACCUUGGAAGAACUUAUUCUAAAGAAAGAGGAAUUGAUGCCCAGCUGGAUGACGUGGGUUUGGAUUUUGUGAAGAACUCCAUCAGCGCCAUAGAGACGAGAGGUAUUAAUGACCAGGGACUGUAUAGAGUUGUUGGUGUGAGCUCCAGGGUCCAGAAGCUCCUCUCAUUAAUGAUCGAUGAGAAGAGCAACGAGGUGGAUCUGUCCGCCAGCGAAGACUGGGACGUUAAGACAAUAACAAGUGCACUGAAGCUGUAUCUGAGGAGCCUUCCUGAGCCAUUGAUGACCUAUGGACUUUACAAAGAGUUCAUCAGCCCCGCGAAGGGUGGUAGUCCAGAGUCUCGCAUCCAAGCUGUCCACUGCCUGGUCCACAAACUACCAGAGAAGAAUCGACUAGUCCUCGGGCUGCUUAUGAAGCAUCUGGCCAAUGUGGCGGCUCACAGCAAACACAAUCUGAUGACCGUGGCGAACCUGGGCGUGGUGUUUGGCCCCACAUUAAUGAGGCCACAGGAGGACACGGUCGCUGCCAUCAUGGAUCUCAAGUUCCAGAACAUCGUGGUGGAAAUCCUCAUUGAACACAAUGAAAAGAUCUUUGCAGAUGCACCCGAGUCAUGCCCUCUUUCACCUGCUGCCCCAGUAUUCUCCGCUCCCACAAGGCUGUCCAAGAAACAGAAUCGACAGAAUCGGCCCCUGGCUGUCUACAAUCCACAAGCACUAGACAUUCAGAAUGCGUCAGUUGCAGUUGGAGACAGUUCCAACCUAGCUACAGAUGAGACUUCAAUGGGCAGCAAUGAGUCAGUGUCGUCCCAGUCAUCGUCAGCGUCGGCCUCAGAGACGCCUACAGAGCGGAGUGACCAUCCCCCACCCAAGUCCAGCUUUAGCUCAGGCAGCAACUCCAGAGCUUUAGCAGCUUCGUGGCCCACACCUGGAGCAUCUGGAGAGAAUCAGUCUUCAGCCACCACAACUGCUUCGGACAAAGACAAGCCAGAGGAGAAUGUCACCAGCAGGAAAGCCAAGGCUGUGUACCCAUGUGAGGCUGAGCACGACUCUGAGCUCUCCUUCCAGGUCGGCGCAAUAUUCAAUGCCGUGACCCAGUCGAGAGAGCCGGGCUGGCUGGAGGGGGAGCUGGAGGGAAAGAGGGGCCUCAUCCCGGAAAACUAUGUGGAGAUGCUGUAGCCCCCACAUGGAAAUAUUUAUGGACAAGUUAUCACCUUCACUGGGAAAAGUAUGCAGACGUAUGCAUGUGCCUCAACUCUGACAUUCACAGUAGAGCGUUGUUUAUCCAAAAACCCUCUGAAACCCUGAAUUCUCCCUGCAAGUGAUGUUUAUCAUUGGCAGACAACUCAUUACUCUGUGUUUCGCUGGCAAGUUGACUUUGUGAUGCAUGUGCGCAAGCGUGUUUCUCUGUUUGAAUUCCCUGCAGUUUAAUAUUCACAUGAAUUUCAGCUUCGUAGUUCUAAAAUGGGCUUGCACUUACGAUGUUCUGCUGUAUACAAAGAUGCUGUCGCUUCUACAAAUCCAGGUAACUUUGUAGCAGCACCGGAGACGCCUCUCUCUGUCGAAGGCCUCGCUCUCCCCUCUGCCCCAUUAUACAUGGUAUCCAUGAGCUCUCAAGUCAAAGAGUGAUUCUCAGACACUGUCAGCACUCAAGUCACUGUAGCUUUUCACCCUUUUUGACAAAUGAUGCACACACAUUAGUUGAGAGAUAAGCCAUACCUACGUGCCUUCACCACCGCAGCCCCGCCUGUAAAUGUACAGGUGUGUAUGAAACUGAAUGAGAGUGUUACUGCUUUCACUUAUAAAAAUGCUGCAUUUAUUUUAAGAUUAUUUAGAUAUUCAAGAAUGAGGCACAUUGCUACUGCAAUUUUAUUUUAUGUAAUUGGCACAAUGAUUGCAUGUUUUUUUGAAUUUUAAAUUCA